AUGGAACCUCAGCCCUCGACACCUCGCAGAGGUCGUCCACCAAGAUCUGUAAGGAAUGAUUGUCAUACCUGUGUUGCCCGCCGGUGGAAGUGCGACCGUGUCCGUCCGCGCUGUGGAAAUUGUGAGAAGUCUGGCAACACUUGCGGUGGAUUUACAGUACAACUCUCCUGGCAACCAGGAUUCUCCCUCGAAAAGAAGCCAGUCAAGCGGUCGAUUGCACGGAGGUCUAGAUGGAGGGGAUAUGACGACGCUUCGGGCCCACGCCAGUUGGAAUUCAUCAGUGAGCAUCUUGUGGAAUCGUCCCUCGAUUAUGGCGAAACUCGCGCGCCGCCCGCCCCUCGAAGUUCUUCGCAAGCAGCCAACAGGACACAGCAACGUCCGUCGUCCAAUGAUGAAUCUACUGCUAGCAAUUCUCGUCUUCCGGACAUAGGUAUGCCUGGUCACGAAUCUGAUAUGAUGAACGCUCGAGCAGACCCAAGCGCGGAAGACAUUUACAUGUACAAUGAAAACACCAGUGUGCCGGAGCCCGACAACCUCAAUGAGUUGGGUGCAGAAGAAUUCUAUUCAGACAACGAGAUUCCCAUUGUAGCGGCGCCUUUGGACCUCGAUGAGCCAACGUCAUUCAACACGAUCCUCCUGCCUUCGUCCCCGAACUCACCAAUCAACGAGCAAGAGUUCCAUCUCGAUCCCAAUUAUGUUGAAAAUCAGAGCCAAGUUGGAAUACCUUCUGACAUGAUGUUCGACUCCGAAUCAACGAUUGACGAGCUCGCCGAUGGUCUUGAUGGAUCUGAGACCGUCACAAGCCCAGAGCUCUCACAUCGACCUUUUGCCGCAGCCUCCAUGGAUAUACGGGCAUCGUUGUACCAUUUCCUUCAAACUAUUCCCCCUCGUCCUCUAUAUACCGGGCAGUUUGAGUGGCUGGAACCUAUUUUCGAGAGGUACAAUAAUGAGUUCUGCCUUAUCCCGUUGACUUCGGACAUGCCGGCGAACCCAUUUCGGUCUCCCAUGAACGCCUUACAAAAGUCUGGAUAUCUCCUACACGCCGUACUUGCUUUGGCAUGUCACCACACGGACCAUUCGUCGCUCAGCAGCAGCGGACGACAUCAGCUUUCAGAGGCGGUAAUAAAUCACAGUCAAAUUGCCCUUCAGUUGUUCCGCCAAGCCCUCAACAAUGAUAACAUUAUCCAAAUCGCUGCCUCAUUACUUGACACGAUUAUUACUUUAUUCUCUCUGGAUGAAGCAUACUCGCUACUCGGUAGCUGGACGACGCACCUCACUGGCGCUUACAACGUCGUGCAGCUAAGUGGUGGCGUAGAGGCCUGGACGAGAAACCCUCGUACUGCGGUUCAGGUUGCACUUCUUACCUGGUGGGAUGCAGUGAUCAGCUUGGUCAACAGAACCCCAUGCAUCUUUCCCUACGAAUAUUUUGAAUCAGUUCUGGCCUGCGCGGACGACCGAUUUUUCACGUAUUUUGGACUAUGCGGCUGCCCACGCAGUCUUGUGGUCCCGCUGGUUCAGCUGGCACAUCUGGCAGAAGAAAAGCAAAAGUCCGCGUCUAUGCGCUGGGUUUCCUUCGAUGACAGCCUCGUUUUAGAAAUCGAACAGUCCCUUGAAACCUGGAGUCAUAAACCCUCUGACACAGCGUUCGACGAUGAAGAGAAGGUGCACCAAGAUGUGGAUCGACUUCACUGUUCUGAGGCAUGGCGCAACGGGCUCCUCCUCUACAUCUACCGCGUGUUCCGGUGGACGCCUGGCGAUAGACCUCCAGGCUGGGUGAUUUAUCGCGCCAGGACUGUUUUGGAUCAUGCCUGUUCAUGCCGUGACGACCAGUUCGUUGCUAGGCAAGCUCUACUUCCUCUAUUCUUCGCAGGUUGCGAGAUGUUUGAUCCCUCCGCGCGCAAUACUAUCAGAGAACUCUGUUCUGCCUGGCAUGAUCGGACUGGAUAUUAUAUGUUUGGUGGCAUGAUUCCCUUACUGGAAGAAGUCUGGACGGCUCAAGCCACUCAUGGCCCUGAGCAAGUGUGGUGGGGUCAGAUCGUGGACGUAAAAGGUCGCAAAGAUUCUCAGAACUUGCUCCAGAUCCGAAUUUGUUUUGGCUGAUUGCCAUCCUGGCCCAUGAUCCUUGGGACUCAUUUCAGAUAUUGGAUAUGCUGCGGUUUGCAGCCUCUCUCGCCCCGGGCAACGCUGCGGACACACACAUUUCGAAUGUGCCUGCCGCAAGAGUCUCAACUCCGACCGCCACCCACGCAGGGCGAUGGAUGCCCAUGUACUCUUUGGCCACGGAUGCCAGCAGAUCGGUAACACCUUCAUCCACGCCGCCAACGUGAUAAGAUGUCACUUUGUAGACUGAGCCCCAGAUCUGGUCUGCCGUCAAACUUGGAUCGCAUGCGUGGAUCGACCGUUCCACGUUCUAGGACGUGACCAGGUGUCAGUUCUGACGUAUCUCGGUGGACAAAUUUCCUGGAGACGUACUUUGAACGCGAGCACCAUUUGCUCGCGGAGGUCGACCUUCAUAUUCCUUUCCUCGUCCAUGCCAACAUGGCCUGAGGUCACGACCAGCCGAGCUCCAGCCGAGAUACAGACCGCUGCCGAAAGGCCAUAUUUUUCUGCUAUCGUCUCGUAUCCUGGAUAGUUGACGCAACGAAUGUGAGACAUCUUGCCUUUAUACGCUCGGAGGGCCUCGAGGUCAACGACUUUAU